AUGUGUAUUCUUCAGCAUCAGCAAAGCCUCAGAGAAAGGGAGGCUUUGUUUCUUUUUUCUGGUGAUCUUUCCAAUUGUGUGUGUCUCCCCUUUCUUUCUCACUUCCCCUUAUGGAAAACAGGAUUUGACUUCUGGAGGUGCUUAGAUCAUUUUUUUCACCUCUUCUUCCGUUCCAGCCAUAAAUUUUCUUAAGUGUUUUUUCUCCUUUUUUCAGGUUUUGAAACUUACCAUUGCAAUUAAAAAAUCAAUUUAAACUUUAAUGAAGCACAGUGCUUUAAUUUAUAAAUGUUAAUGCCUUAAAUACAUGCCUUGUUUUGAGCAACACUUAAGCCUACUUUAAGCAGUGAUGGUUUCUCAAGGGUAACAGGGUCAAGAAGGCAGUUGAGGGAUUUAUUUGGAAUCAUUUAUUUCAAUGAAAAUUAAGGAAUAGCACAGUCUGCAUGAUUUUUUUUUUCAUAACCUGCAAGAUGUGUAACCUGUUUUUCCACAAAAAUAUACGUACCUCACUUAAAACAGUUUGAAGGGUCUGUUGAAUUCAGUCUUUAGUACACUGGGGACUCAAUAGCAAGCUAGUAUUUAAUUUAAAGUUGACAUGAUUUGUUUGGCCAGGAGGCAUCCAAAGAUUUGUUAGUCAAGUCAUUCUGCCCAAAAUUUAGAAUUGUGUUCUAGAGAGAACUUCUUAUACAACUUUGGAUAACCACUGCAGUUAUAAUAAUGAGUGAUUUCUUUGGUGUGGGGUAUCCAAAGGUUUUAUAUCAAAGUGUCAAAGUCCUAGUGGAGGUGCUUGUAUCCUUGACCUGCCAUCAUUACAAUAAUUUGUUGAAAUUACAUUGCCCUAACUCGUAAAGCAUGAUCCAGCUUGCGUUCUGGCUUGAAGACAGUAAGUGCUUUCAUGGAUUAGAGGCUUGAAGGAAUCUAAAGGGGCAUAAAUGGCCUGCACUAAAUGUCUGAGGAGCACAAAGCUCCCAGUGAAAGUGGAUAUCAUUUAUUGCUUCUGUUAAAGGAAACUGCAGUUUCAGCGCUUCAGGAGUAGCUCCUGCAGAUGCAUUGAAGACAUCUUACAAAAACUGUGUGACACUGCAUUUUUAUUUUCCUCAAUAAAGGUGAGCCAUGUCUUUCCAUUCUGGGCGAGGAUGUCCCCGUGGCCAGGGGGGACCAGGAGCAAGGACUUCAACACAGACCUACCGCCCUCAGAACCUCCGGCAGCUCCACCCACAGCAGCCCUCCGUGCAGUACCAGUAUGAGCAGCAAACUGCUCCUCCAACAACCUACUCCAACCCUCCAGCCACCGGUUACAUGCCUCCCAGGCCAGACUUUGUGCCCUAUCCUCCUCCAGUGCCCCCUUCCACACAAAAUCCCAUCAGCCAGUGUCCCAUGAGGCCACCAUUUCCAAACCACCAGAUGAGGCAGAGCUUCCCAGUGCCUCCAUGUUUCCCACCCACUCCUCCACCAGUGCCAAACCCUAGCAACACUCCCGUGCCAGGAGCACCUGCUGGACAAAGCACCUUUCCUUACAUGAUGCCUCCCCCCACGGUACCACACCCUCCCCCGCCGCCAGUCAUGCCGCAGCAAGUCAGCUACCAGCCCGUGUACUCGGCAGGCUACUCGCAGCAGUCGUUCCCGCCGCCCAGCUUCAGCAGCUACCAGCACAGCUCCGGCUCCUUCCCGAGCAGCGCUGCCGGCAGCAGCGCCAGCAGCAGCCACUUCAGGCACACGGGGCAGUACCAGGGAGAGAAGUCCCAAAGCGACCGGCGCUCCCCUGACAGGAGCAAGCACUACGAUGAGCACCGGCACCGCGAGCACGGGCACAUUCACGGCGACAGGCAUCGCUCCGCCAACCAUGGGGAUCGUCGGGAUCGGGGCCGCAGUCCGGAUAGGAGGAGGCAGGAAAGCAGUCGGCACCGGACGGAUUAUGAGAGAGGAAGGAUAUCGCCUCAUCACAGAAGUUAUGAGCGAAACAGGGAGCGGGAGAGGGAGAGGCAUCGGCACCGUGACAGCAGAAGAUCACCAUCACCAGACAGAUCCUACAAAAAGGAUUACAAGAGAGCAGGAAGCCGGUCUCCAAGCAGAGAGAGAAAGAGAACACGGUGGGAGGAGGACAGAGAAAGGUGGUCUGAAAACCAGAGCUCCAGUAAAGAGAAAAAUUAUACUGCUGUCAAAGACAAAGAAUCAGAAGAGAAUGCAUCUGAAAAAAAUGAAGAGGAAGAUGAGGAAUUGCUUAAGCCAGUCUGGGUUCGCUGUACCCAUUCUGAAAGCUAUUAUUCCAAUGACCCUAUGGAUCAAGUGGGGGACUCUACUGUGGUAGGAACAAGCAAGCUCCGGGAUCUCUAUGAAAAGUUUGAUGAGGAGUUAGGAAAGCGACAGGCAAAGGCCAAAGCAGCCAGGCCACCAUGGGAGCCACCAAAAACCAAGCUGGAUGAAGAUUUAGAGAGCUCCAGUGAGUCAGAGUGUGACUCUGAAGAUGACAGCAGCUGCUCCAGCAGUUCAGAUUCGGAUGUUAUUGACGUCAUUGCAGAAAUUAAGCGUAAAAAAGCACACCCUGACCGUCUCCAUGAGGAAUUGUGGUACAAUGAUCCAGGACAGAUGAAUGAUGGACCUUUGUGCAAAUGCAGUGCUAAAGCCCGGAGAACAGGAAUAAGACAUGGCAUUUAUCCUGGCGAAGAGCCCAUUAAACCAUGUCGUCCUAUGACCAACAAUGCUGGAAGACUAUACCACUACCGAAUUACUGUGUCACCUCCCACAAAUUUCUUAACAGACAGACCUACUGUUAUUGAGUAUGAUGACCAUGAAUAUAUCUUUGAAGGGUUCUCCAUGUUUGCACAUGCCCCACUGACAAAUAUUCCUCUAUGCAAAGUAAUCAGGUUUAACAUUGACUAUACAAUUCAUUUCAUUGAGGAGAUGAUGCCUGAGAAUUUUUGUGUGAGAGGCCUUGAACUGUUCUCUUCAUAUCUAUUCAAAGAUAUUUUGGAGUUGUAUGACUGGAAUCUUAAAGGUCCUUCACUUGAAAAUGAUUCUGUUUCCUGUCCCAGAUACCACUUCAUGCCACGGUUUGUGAGAUUUCUUCCAGAUGGAGGAAAAGAAGUACUCUCAAUGCAUCAGAUUCUUCUCUACUUGUUACGAUGCAGUAAAGCUCUGGUGCCUGAAGAGGAGAUUGCCAAUAUGCUUCAAUGGGAAGAACUGGAAUGGCAGAAAUAUGCAGAAGAAUGCAAAGGGAUGAUCGUUACCAGCCCUGGCAUGAAGCCCAGCUCAGUUCGUAUUGAUCAACUAGACCGCGAACAAUUCAAUCCUGAUGUAAUUACCUUCCCUAUUAUUGUGCACUUUGGGAUACGACCUGCUCAACUCAGUUAUGCUGGAGAUCCUCAAUACCAAAAGCUGUGGAAGAGUUAUGUGAAGCUGCGUCACCUACUGGCUAAUAGUCCCAAAGUCAAACAGGCUGAUAAACAGAAAUUAUCACAAAGAGAGGAAGCACUGCAGAAAAUUCGCCAGAAGAACACAAUGAGACGUGAGGUGACCGUGGAGUUGAGCAGCCAGGGAUUCUGGAAAACAGGGAUACGCUCUGACGUCUGCCAGCACGCAAUGAUGCUUCCUGUCCUCACCCACCAUGUCCGUUACCAUCAGUGUCUGAUGCACCUGGACAAAUUGAUAGGCUACACCUUUAGAGAUAGGUGCUUACUGCAGCUUGCCAUGACUCACCCAAGCCAUCAUUUAAAUUUUGGGAUGAAUCCGGAUCAUGCCAGAAAUUCUUUAUCCAACUGUGGGAUUCGACAGCCCAAGUAUGGAGAUAGAAAAGUUCACCAUAUACACAUGAGAAAAAAAGGGAUAAACACCCUGAUAAAUAUUAUGUCCCGUUUGGGACAGGAUGAUCCAGCUCCUUCCAGAAUUAACCACAAUGAGCGUUUAGAAUUUCUGGGAGAUGCUGUGGUGGAGUUCUUAACAAGUGUCCACUUAUACUACCUGUUUCCCACUCUGGAGGAAGGAGGAUUAGCUACGUACCGCACUGCCAUCGUACAGAACCAACACCUGGCCAUGCUGGCUAAGAAGCUGGAGCUAGAACGAUUCAUGCUCUAUGCUCAUGGUCCAGACCUUUGCAGGGAGUCAGAUCUCCGCCAUGCCAUGGCCAACUGCUUUGAAGCCCUAAUAGGAGCUGUUUAUCUGGAGGGAAGCCUAGAAGAAGCAAAACAAUUAUUUGGACGUUUGCUCUUCAAUGAAAAGGACCUGCGGGAUGUAUGGCUUAAUUAUCCACUACACCCACUCCAACUACAGGAGUCCAAUACUGACAGGCAGCUCAUUGAGACCUCUCCGGUUCUUCAAAAGCUUACAGAGUUUGAGGAAGCAAUUGGAGUCAUCUUUACUCAUGUUCGACUUCUAGCACGUGCAUUCACUCUGAGGACAGUAGGCUUUAACCAUCUGACUCUAGGCCACAACCAGAGGAUGGAAUUCCUGGGUGACUCCAUAAUGCAGUUGGUAGCCACAGAGUAUUUAUUCAUACAUUUCCCUGAUCAUCAUGAAGGGCACUUAACGCUGUUGAGAAGUUCUUUGGUGAACAACAGGACACAGGCCAAGGUGGCAGAAGAGCUGGGCAUGCAAGAAUUUGCCAUCACUAAUGACAAGACAAAAAGACCUGUAACUCUUCGAACUAAGACUUUGGCUGAUCUCUUAGAAUCUUUUAUUGCUGCCCUUUACAUUGAUAAAGAUUUGGAAUACGUUCACACUUUCAUGAAUGUUUGCUUUUUUCCACGGCUAAAGGAGUUUAUAUUAAAUCAGGAUUGGAAUGAUCCUAAAUCUCAGCUUCAGCAGUGCUGCUUGACUCUCAGGACAGAAGGAAAAGAGCCGGACAUUCCUCUUUACAAGACCUUGCAGACAGUGGGACCUUCUCAUGCCAGGACGUACACAGUAGCUGUCUAUUUCAAAGGGGAAAGAAUAGGAUGUGGUAAAGGUCCAAGUAUUCAGCAAGCAGAAAUGGGAGCUGCAAUGGACGCACUUGAAAAAUAUAACUUUCCUCAGAUGGCCCAUCAGAAACGGUUCAUUGAACGGAAGUACAGACAAGAGUUGAAAGAAUUGAGGUGGGAAAGAGAGCAUCAAGAGAGAGAGUCAGAGGAGACUGAAGAAGCAAAGAAAUAAAGGGCACAAAAGCAGUGGCAUAUUUACUUACUUAAUAACUCUGACUGUGGCCUAUGGAGACCUAACCUAGUUUCUUGCAGAUGAAUGAAGAGUGCCUGUUGAUAUCAAAAAGAAAAAUGUAAUAUCUUCCUUUAAAACUGUGUGCAAAUACAGUAUUUCUUGAAAUUGUUUUUAAGUUUAGCUUUUUAAUAAUAUUGGGUUUAAAUCCUUUUAAUUUUUAUGAAAAGUAAAAUAUUAUUGAUUGUUUAUUAUUUUUAUUAUUUUUACUGUCUUGUUUGAAGUAAUAAAGGAUUAAUUUCAAAAUCUAAUAGGAGGAAAAGCUGUUUAACAGUUGUCUCCUAUGUCUAAGUGCUGUGUUGUCAGUGACCAGCCAAGUUAUUGCAUGAACUGUGCUGUGAAGCAGAGGAAAGUCUUAUGAAAAACUGAUUCAGCUGAGCACUUAAGCAUGUACGUAACUUACAUUUUGCAGCUAAAUUUACUUCUUGAGUCUGCUAAACUGGAGCUUUAAAGUUCAGGCCCUUUUUACACAAAAUGGUACAGUAAUUAAAAGGAGAUACUCAGUUUUGCUUUGAACAGUGGAUGACACAUCUGAAAUGUGUCACAGAUGUGUGUGGAAGAUUGAGUAGUUUUUUUUUAAAUCACUGUUACAAGACUUGAAGGAGAAGAUAAUUAUGAAGCAAGAGAAUGGCAGUUUUUGUAGAGAAUGUACAUGUAGUUUACAUUAACAAGUUUAGUUUCUUUCUGAGCUUCUUGUUCUGUCAGGCUGGUGUCUACUUUAAUGGAUUUCUUUGACAGGAAGAUACCAGUGUGGCCAUUACUGUGAAAUUAUGUAUUAGAAACACUCUAUAUGGGUGCUGUUCCAGAGAGGUUCAUUGGAAACAGUUUUUGUCAAAAGAAGAGCAGAAUUUAUUCAUAAAGUGGUGUGCAGUUUUAAGUCACCCAGUUUCCUUGGGUUUUUUUGGUGUCUGUGGCUUGUAUUAGACAGACAGAUGUUUCUUCUAUAAAAACUCUGAACAGCACCAGAAAUUAAAAAUCCACUGUGUCUGUUGGUAUUUUUUCCCACUGG